AUGGAUGAGAAUCUCGUCACCCAAACAUGCAAGAAAACCAAAGACUCCGCAGCUUGCGAGGCUCUUCUUCGAUCAGACAGUCGAAGUCUCGAAGCAAAAGAUGCCACGGGCUUAGUCUUCAUCGUGAUUGAUAUAUCACAGGCUAAGGCAAACCAAGGCCAGAAAAAAAUUGAGGAGCUACUUCAGGCCCCAGGAGCGCCAACAGACAAACUAAACUCUUGCAAUGAAAACUACCAAAAUGUUAUAGAAGAUAUUCAACAGGCCUCUUCAGUCUUAACCAACGGUGAUUAUCUCGCUGCUCAAGACCGCAUACUGGACACCGUCCAUGAGGCUGAUUUAUGCGAUGAACAAUUUGCAGGGUCCGAUAAUCCUCUGUCAGGUUACACCAAAGCUAUUCAUGAUACCGGGACUGUAGGUUCACAAAUUGCAGGGCAGUUGACUUCAUAA